AUGGUCCUCCUCACAACGACACCACUCAUAGCCAAAGCUCUCCAAGAGCUCUCUCCAUCUACUCGGGAUGAUCUGGAACUCCCAGACCCCAUACCUGCAACCGGCGCACCCAUAUCACACGAACAAUUGAUCUCUCUAAGCAAAGCAUUUACCCGGCAAAGCAAUGGAUAUACGCUAAACGCCCUCCUCCGAGGGACGAAAGUGUACAUCCCUCCUCCGCCGCCGAAACCAGAACCAUCCCCAGAAUACCUCGCCCUCAAAGCACGCCUCCAAGCCCUCGCCGACGAACAAGCGUACAACGCCCUGAUAGCGCCGAGCUCAACGCAUCUCAAUCCUUACAAACCAUCCCCCAUAUUCUCCGACAACAGCAUGAUGCCUACCGCGAUCGAAAAUGUCGAAGAUUCAGACUCGAUUACUCCGUCCCUGGUAAUUAACAUCUUCAUGUCCGUUAUACUCUGCGGCUUUGCGACGUUUUGGGCUUUGAAGAACUUUCAGACGCCUUCCUUUCUGAGUUGGGUUUUGCUAAGUCCCUCGGGAGAUCCUGCUAAGCGGAGGGCUGGGGCAAGCAAGGAUCCUGUCUUUGUGCUGAUUUCCAUGUUUGUGGGGAUAUUGGUUGGUGUUGCGGAGACGGUGGUUUAUGCUGCGUACCUCAGGAAGGUGAAGUAUGCAAAGGCCGCGGAAAAGAAGGUAAAGGAGAGGAAGGAGGUGGUUUCUUCAAUUGAAGUCGUGGGUGGGAAGCAUGAUGAGGCCAAGCCUGAUGGUGAUGGGGAUGGUGAGGAGGAUGUGAUAUGGGGGAAAGGAGUUAAUGGAGGGGUGAGAAGACGGGUUAGAGAGCGCUGGGAGACUGCUAAUGAUCAUUCUAAAUGA